CGAGGCCGGAGGGAUAGCGCCUGCGCAGUAGGACCCCAUCGCGAGUCUCCAGGCAGAGGGAAACCUAGCAACAGUUAGGGGCCUGCGAUCCUUUCCACAGAGAGAAUCAGCCGUCCACUCCAGGGCUUCCCUUUGAGUGGGACCGCCCGGCGUCUCUUUAGUGACACUCCCCGGCACAGAGCCCGCCCACUGCACGCGCUGAACCUCCGCUUCCGCCUGGGUUUCCCAAAGAGCAAGAUGGCGGAGGAGCCGGAGUCGGGGCUGCAGCUCCCUCCGUCUACUGUGGCUGAUGGCGAUGGCCCUACAGAGGUCUCCCCAGGAACAGUCACCCCGGAGCCCCCGUCUUCCGCUGCAGUCUCUCCCGGAACUGAGGAACCUGCCGGCGACUCCAAAAAGAAAAUUGACAUCCUGCUAAAGGCUGUGGGAGACACUCCCAUAAUGAAAACAAAGAAGUGGGCUGUAGAGCGGACCCGAACUAUCCAAGGACUCAUUGACUUCAUCAAAAAAUUCCUUAAACUUGUGGCCUCGGAGCAGUUGGUAUGGCAGCAGUGUUUAUUUAUGUUAAUCAGUCCUUUGCCCCUUCCCCAGAUCAAGAAGUUGGGACCCUCUAUGAGUGCUUUGGCAGUGAUGGUAAACUGGUCCUACAUUACUGUAAAUCUCAAGCAUGGGGCUGAACUUUGCAGUAAAAGAUCUUGAUAACAUGAAGCUUCACAAAAGAAACAACUCCAAAAUGUUUUGAUACUUGUGACAAGAGACUGGAGGAUCUGAUUGACUCAGCAUGUAUCAGCUGUGACCAUGUUUGUGCAUAGGAAUCCGUGGAGUGGCCCAACUCACAAAAUGUGAAUUGCAUUACUACAAAAAUCAUCGUGGGUGACUGGCACGAAGGGAUACUCGUUACUACAGCGGCUACUCUGGGUCUCUCUCCAAUAUAUUCGAGAAAAAGGCCAGUAGAGCACUUUGACCAUUUUCAGAAUGAUUGGAGUUGCUUACCAAUAGAACAAGUGCUCUGCUGAUUUCUCUAUUGUAAAAAUCAAUUUACUGAAAGGAUGUCUUUGUGUUUUCUGUUGGAGAAGUCAAAUCGAGGUAUGGUGGGGCAUGCCUUUUAAUUUCUCUCCAUUUACAUCUGUAUCUAUAUACUGUGUUAGGAAGUAAAUCUCAUCCACCUGUUUGCUGUUAGACCAUACAUAGUCCAGCAGAGGGCAGCCUGGCUCGCAGAAGUUAACUGACCCGCCAGAUGAUAAUUGAGGGGAAAGUUGUUCCUGUUAGUAUCUCGCAGAUGUCAAACCAAAAGGUCGGGUUUGUGGUAAUGCCAGAAGUCUGCUUUAGAGGAGACUGCAUGGUUUAAGCUUGCUUUUUUUUUUUUUAACAGAAGGAAUUCUGAUGGUUGUGACUGGCAUUCUUCCUUUUAUAGUUAUAGUGCCCAGUACACUUGAUAAGUAAACUUGACAGCACUUCUGUGUUUAUUUGGUUUUGUUGUUUUCUUGAGACAUUUAUUUCAAGAGGCAGGUGAGAGGAGAGCACUUUACUGUAUGCAGUGCCAAGGAUUGAGCUCAGGACCCCAUGUUUGCAAGUCUAGAGUUCUACCACUGUUGUCACCUCCUAGGCCACACCUUUGAGUUUUUCAUUAUAGCAUUUUCUAACUGGAAAUGCUUUCAAGUGAGUAAUUGGAAACUUCAGAUCAGUAUUAUGCAUAUCUCAUGUCAUGGCUAAAAGUACAGUUUUCACUGAUGCUGUCAGAUGUAAUUGAAAUGAGAUUCUCCCCCCCUCCCUGUAUUGUACUUAUAAUACAGCAUUGAAAGCAUUCUGGUAAGAACAGAAUGUCCCAAAAGGAUGUAAGGUAUAUAAUAAGAAUUCUGAGUAUUGAUUUCUAAGGUAAUGAGAAUGUAAUUUUUGUGAAAAAACUGUGGAGUACAUGCCAUUUUAUGUUCCUUAAACCCCAAAAUGGCUUUUAUGUUUCCCGAUCAUCCAUGAAGUGUUAUUAAAAGAUGCUAAGGGAAAUUUCUGUUUACAAAGAUAAAAAUCACUAUUCAGCUCACAUAUUUUAUCCAAGGACAAGUUCUUAAAACCUUUGAUGAUCAUUCAUGUCUCUGUGUGAUUAAAUUAAUACAGCUAGUAUUAGCAGUGGGAUAAUCCAGGUUGAACUAGGUACAUUUGCCUUCUAAAACUAGGUUAAAAAAAAACUUACAUAAGUGCUAAGAGCUAGAAAGUACAUUUUCAGGUAAAUGCAUUGGACUUGAGAAGAUAUGCUCUGGGGCUUAACUGUUUACUAGAGGGUAUAAAUACAGACAGAAAUGUGUAUUUAACAAAUAAAGAUGUUACUUUUACAUCA